AUGGCUGCUCAGUGUCGAAGUUUCUUCGAUGAUGUCAAAAAAGAAUUAGAAUGUUGUGUUUGCCAAGAGCAAUUUGACGAGAACAACGAGCCUAGAAUACUCAAAUGUCUCCAUACUUUCUGUAAAUCAUGUCUGGAACGGUGGUUACGACAACAAGGUGGAAAGCAGUUGAGUUGUCCUACAUGCCGUCAAAUCACUGAAUGUCCCAACAACAACAUCAACAGCCUUCCAUCAAAUCUAUUUUACAAGCAAAUGGUGGGAAUCGUUGAGGCUUACAGCGGAAACAGGCAAAAAGAUUCGCCACAGUGUGGAAGCUGCGAUGAAAGAAAGCCACUUAAGUUUUACUGCUCGGAGUGUAAUUGCUUCCUCUGUGAAGAAUGCUCAAUGGCUCAUAAAAAAUUGAAAGUGUUUAGUGGCCACUACGUCAAAGAAAUUGGAAAUUUUGUAUCUAGCGACGCACAAGAUUACUUUCGGAAACUGAACGUUUGUAAAGAACACAAAGAUCAAGUUAGAUUUUACUGCAAUCAGUGUGUAACAUGCAUUUGUCGUGACUGCGCCAUCUUGGAACACCGAGAUCACAACUUUGUGUCCAUUGACAAAGGACUGGACAAGAAGAGAUCAGAAAUCGAGACAAAAAUGGGAAACGUUCUGGAAAAUGGCUCUAGACUACGAAAGAAAAAAGAAUUCUUAGAAGAACAACGGAUGAGAAUGAGCAAAAGCAUCGAAAAAGCGAAAGACGAAGUGCAUCGAGUCGCUAAACGCAACAUAGCGUUAAUUCGACAACACGAAUCAAGCGUGACGGAACAACUCAACAAGCAGAGAGAUGUUUUCGAAGCUGAAUUUUUAAAUGCUGUAUUCCGAAUGGACAAAAAACUUACUGAUAUAGGGAGCGGUUUGGAAUUUUGCAACAACGUACUUCGACGAAAUAAUCUGCCGGAGAUCUUAAACGUGGAAGAAAUACUUGAGCAACGGUUUAAGGAACUUUCUAAGCCUUCUGAUGUAAACAUGGAGUUAAAUUAUUUUGAAGUCAAGUAUGUUCCAAACGAUUUUUCGUCAGUGAAAGAAUCACUAGGGAAGCUGUUUAAAACCAAAACGGUACCUUCCUUAUCAGAGGCAGAGGGUAAAGGGCUGACCGAAGGCUCUCAAGGUGAAAACUGUACUUUUACAGUGAUCACGAAAGACUCACGUGGUAAUAGAACGUACAGUGCAAUAGAUGAGGUCAUUGUCGACAUUAAAUCGCCGAAGUCGGGAGCGGCCUUAAAGGUCAACAUAAGAGACUCGCAUGACGGCUGUUACGAAGUAACAUACAGACCCGAAACUACUGGAGAAUUCAACAUGUCCAUAACUAUUGCGGGUGAAGCCAUCAGAGGGAGUCCCCUUGAGCAACGGUUUAAGGAACUUUCUAAGCCUUCUGAUGUAAACAUGGAGUUAAAUUAUUACGUAUUCAAGUAUGUUCCAAAUGAUUUCACGUCCACCAAUGAGUCUCCGGGAGAGCUGUUGAAAAGCAAAACUGUACCUUUGUUAUCAGAGGCAGAAGGUAAAGGACUGACUGAAGGAACUCAAGGCGAAGAUUGUGCUUUCAAAGUAAUAACAAAAGACCUACAAGCUAAAAACUCUCACAGUGAAAUAGACGAAGUCUUUGUUGACAUUAAAUCGACCCAGACAGGAACAUCCCUAAAGGUCAACAUAGCAGACUCAAAAGAUGGCUGCUAUAAAGUAUCAUACCAACCUGAGACUGCUGGAGAUUUCUUCGUGUCUGUAAAUGUUGCUGGUGAAGCGAUCAAAAACAGUCCAUUCCAGUUGAAAGUAAGAGAACAACCAACCCGCAGAAAAAAACAUGGAAAGUCCACAGCAUCCACGGGAGGUGAAGGGGUGAUAAUCCAACAUGCCGAUCCAAAGAUAAAUUUUUCAGGAACCUCUGAAAAAGAAGCCACCAUUUAUGAUUUCGACCGUUUCGAGGUGGAGCCUCUAACCAUGAAGCUUCUACAUAGGGUUUACGAGAACAGACUUAGAGAGAUAGAAGACGCACAUGGCGUAGACAUUCUUUGGGAGGAAAAUGCUCCUCAAGUUCAGAUACGCCCGGCCACAACAGUUAGCAAAACUCACCAUAAAGGAAUCGAGGAGUUCAUAAAUCUUUACCUGGACUUCUAUCCAAAGAUGCGUCGAGAGGAAAUUGUAUUAGAACUUUCCGAUAGCAAGGGACUUACCACCGUGGAUAUUCGCUCUUUGGAAGCCGAAAAUAAUGUGGUAAUUGAGAUGAAAGAAAACAAGUUGGUCGUCUAUGCGGAGGAAUCAAACAUUUCUGUUGCAGUGCAAGCCUUGAAGAAAACCCUUGGACUACUGUUAGGUAAACGUAAAGGUGCAAGGCGCGGUCAGAGAAAUACAAAGAGCAAGAACAGUUUCCAGAAUAUACCCUCAGCACAAGUACUCAGCCAAGGCCUGACGAAUGGAUUGAAGCUCUCCUUGCACCAAAGUGAUAUCACUGACGAAAUGGUGGACGCUAUUGUCAAUGCAGCCAAUGAGUGGCUUCAGCAUGGUGGUGGUGUAGCAGCAGCGAUAGUACGGAAAGGUGGUCGCAUAAUACAAGAAGAAUCCAAUAGAAUAAUGGCACAGAGAAGAAGACGUCCACUGAGAGUAGGCGACGCUGUUCAUACAGGGGCCGGCACCCUUCCUUGCAAAUUUGUAAUUCACACGGUUGGUCCAAGGUGGGAUAGUUUUGACAAAGACAGAUGCGUUUCUCUUCUUCGCCUUGCGUGCAUUAAAAGUCUCUGUCUUGCAGCACAAUUGGAGCUCUGUUCGAUUGCAUUACCGCCCAUUAGCUCUGGUAUUUUUGGCAUACCAAAGGAUAUUUGCGCUCAAGUGAUGUUUGGAGCAAUGGAAGAAUUCAGCUCCAGCGUUGAUGCCGAAUUUAGCACUCUUCGUGAAAUUCGCAUCGUCAUUAUUGACGACGGAACAAUCACCGUCUUUUAUGAAGAGUUUUUGAAACGUUACACCUUAGCCAUGGCUGCUCAGUGUCGAAGUUUCUUCGAUGAUGUCAAAAAAGAAUUAGAAUGUUGUGUUUGCCAAGAGCAAUUUGAAGAGAACAACGAGCCCAAAAUACUCAAAUGUCUCCAUACUUUCUGUAAAUCAUGUCUGGAACGGUGGUUACGACAACAAGGCGGAAGGCAGUUGAGUUGUCCCACAUGCCGUCAAAUCACCGAAUGUCCCAACAACAACAUUAACAGCCUUCCAUCAAAUCUAUUUUACAAGCAAAUGGUGGGAAUUGUUGAAGCUUACCGCGGAAAGGGACGAGAAGACUCGCCACAAUGCGGAAACUGCGACCAACGAAGGUCACUGAAGUUUUAUUGCUCGGAUUGCAAUUGCUUCCUCUGUGAAGAAUGCUCCAUGGCUCAUAAAAAAUUGAAAGUGCUUAGUGGCCAUCACGUCAAAGAAAUUGGAAAUUUUGUGUCUAGCGACGCACAAGAUUACGCUCGGAAACUGAACGUUUGUAAAGAACACAAAGAUCAAGUUAGAUUUUACUGCGAUCAGUGCGUAACAUGCAUUUGUCGUGACUGCGCCAUCUUGGAACACCGAGAUCACAACUUCGUGUCCAUUGAUAAAGGACUGGACAAGAAGAGAUCAGAAAUCGGGACCAAAAUGGGAGACGUUCUGACAAAUGGCUCUAGACUACGAAAGGAAAAAGAAUUCCUAAAAGCACAAAGGGUGAGAAUGAGCAAAAGCAUCGAUAAAGCGAAAGACGAAGUGCAUCGAGUCGCUGAACGCAACAUAGCGUUAAUUCGACAGCACGAAUCAAGCGUCACGGAACAACUCAUUAACCAAAAAGAUGUUUUUGAAGCUGAAUUUUCAAAUGCUGUAUUCCGAAUGGACGAGAGACUGGCGGAAAUAGAGAGCGGUUUGGAAUUUUGCAACGACAUACUUCGACGAAAUAAUCUACCGGAGAUCUUAAACGUGGAAGAAAUACUUGAGCAACGGUUUAAGGAACUUUCUAAGCCUUCUGAUGUAAACAUGAAACCAAAUUGCUCCGAAGUCAAGUAUGUCUCAAAUGAUUUGUUCUCCUUGAAAGAAUCUCCAGGGAAAGUGAUGACAACCAAAACUGUACCUUCCUUAUCAGAGGCAGAGGGUACGGGACUCACUGAAGGAACUCAAGGCGAAGAUUGUGAUUUUACAGUCAUCACAAAAGACUCACAUGGUAGUAAAACUUACAGCGAAAUAGAUGAAAUCCUUGUUGACAUUACAUCACUGCAGACUGGAACAGCCCUACAGGUCAACGUAACAGACUCAAACAAUGGCUGCUACACAGUAUCAUUCAAACCUGAAACUGCUGGAGAUUUCAACGUGUCUGUGCGCGUUGCAGAUGAACCUAUCAAAGGAAGUCCGUUCCAGUUAAAAGUGGAAAAAAAAAUACGAAAACUGAAAGAUCACCAGCCGUUCGGCCUGAUCGAGGAGGGAAAAACCUGCCAAGUCUGCUUUUAUAAUGUAGUUCCACUUUUCCAGUUACAGUGUGGACACUACAAAUAUUGCAAGGGAUGUAAAGAGAAGCUACUCGGCGAAUAUGAUACCUUCUGCUAUAUUUGCAGACGAAAAGUUUUAUUCCUUGGAAAUCAACCGACUGGACAUAUGACCUGUAGGCGAGACUCAGGACCCUCUCUCCCAGGGUACGAAGCCUUUGAAACCAUAGUGCUUGGUUUUAACUUCGACAGAGGAAUCCAAGGUGAAGAGCACCCAAAUCCUGGGGUUCCUUAUUUGGGUUUAUUCUGCUCAGCAUAUCUACCAAGAAACCAAGAGGGACAAACAUUGUGUGAACUUCUGAGGAGAGCGUUUGACGCACGACUGUUAUUUACCAUCGGAGCAGACAACACCAUCCUGUUUAAUGACAUUGAACUGAAAACAAGUCGCAGUGGUGGCCCAUUUAAGUGCGGUUAUCCCGACUCAGGAUAUCUUGAUCGACUGAAGAAUCAGUUGGCAUUAAAGGGUGUAAAAUAAUGCAAGCCACUGAACUGAACAGGCCACUUCACGAAACUCCUCAUGAGAUCGGAGAGGGUAACUACAAUGGAAAUAAGAAUGGUUCAAUCUUAGGAGAUCAAAACUGAUUUAGCGCCAGUCACGAACUUUAAAUACGAUCAAGCGCCGGUUCAUGAUUCAGAUACAUCGAUUGUGACGUGGUUUUUUCUAAUGAUGCCUUUACACAAAAUCAAUCGACUCUUCGUAUUUCUUACUAUUCUGCAUGCUAAAUAAUAGUUCUAUAAUGCUUCAACGAAAAUUUUGCAUUUGCUGGAGUAAGGAUAAGUUCUUCUGUAAAUAAUUAAACACGGCUUCAUUGCCAUUUUUAAAAAAAUGGCAAAAUAAUCAAAUAAUCGACCAGAGAACAUGAUCUCUAUAGUUGGAUUACAUGUCAUGCAAGGUCAAACCGAGAUUCAAAAAGUUGAAGCUAGAAUAAUAUUUGACGAUGAUUUUACAUACAUCGGUCAUGCAUGCAAUGUAUUUCAGUCCUUGCACUAAUAUCGUGUAGUUCAAUCUGGCUAAGAUUGGGGUGGCUCAUAAGAGUGAACUGAACUGGUACAUUGAUUACGAACAGCUACCCAUGCCAGAACUUUAUUACUAUGUAUUACCCAUAUGAUAUCCUAUACAAACGCAAAUUAGCCUAUUGCAAGUAGAAUAAGAAAGAUUGUAAGUUUUGAGUUCGGUAAAGAAAUAGAGAAAGAUGUUUUAUCGUCUUGUCACGAGCAUGCGACAAAGAAAAACUCCCGAGUCCCCAUGGAAUCAGACCUUAGACCAUGGAUUCUGCGCUCUGAUGCUCUGCCACUUAGCCACAGAGACUCGAUGGUGAACAAGGCCCAUUACGAAGUUCAAAUAUGACACGUGUCCUGUAUACUGGUGGGACCAGCACUGGCUUUAGCGUCAUGUUUUGUAAGUAGAUUAAGAAAGAUGGAGGAACUCAGAAUUUUUUCUUUGUCACACUCGUGACAAGACGAAAAAAAUAUCUUUCUCUAUUGUAGUCUUACAUACUAUUUCAAUAAAUCUAAUACAUAGCUUUCAUGGAC